GCACCAUUUAUUCGGCGGAACACGUGUUCUCUCGUAGGUUGUCUGUGGUUGUAAGAUCAAACUCGUCACGUUAUUCUUCACCGUCCAUCCAAGCAAAAGCCUUUGAUUCUCUCUCUCUCUCUCUCCCACACUCACCCCCACUCACCGAGUUUCGUCGUCAGCUCAACCCGGUGUUUCAAAAUCCUAAACUCUUCCGCCCUGAUUCCGUUGAUUCUGUAGAAAUCUCGAAGCCAAAUUCUCUGUUUCACCUUUGAUUUUCAACGAAAUCGAAUGCAUCGGUGCGGGUGGAUUCUGCUUUUUGUCGCGCUUUCUUGUCUCGGAUGUCCACUCCGCGCCAGUGACGGUGACGGUGACGGUGACGGUGACGGUGACGCCGAUCCGGUUUAUCAGUCCUGCGUGGAGCAAUGUGAGAAAACUGGAUGCGUGGGGGAAAGAUGUUUCCAGCACUGUAAAUUUUCUUGCGAUGGGAAACCAAUUGAUGGGCCAUGGUAUCUACAAGAGCCCCUCUAUCAGAAAUGGAAGCAAUGGGAUUGCCGUAGUGACUGUCGGUACUAUUGUAUGCUUUCUAGGGAGGAAGAAAGGGAGAAACUUGGUCACAGACCUGUCAAAUAUCAUGGAAAGUGGCCACUGCAACGUGUUUACGGAUUCCAGGAACCUGUUUCUGUUGCUUUCUCUACUUUAAAUCUUGCCAUGCAAUUUCAUGGUUGGCUGUCCUUUUUCAUCCUGGUAUACUAUAAGUUGCCUUUGAGGCCAAAUAAGAGGACUUAUUAUGAGUACACUGGCUUGUGGCACUUUUAUGGCAUCCUUGCAAUGAACUACUGGUUCUGGAGUGUCGUAUUCCAUAGUCGGGAUGUAGAGUUGAUAGAGAAGCUAGACUAUUCGUCUGCUGUGGCAUUGGUUGGAUUUGGUCUUAUUCUAUCAAUCAUACGAGCUUUCAAUGUGAGAAAUGAAGCUGCAAGGGUCAUGGUUUCUGCUCCGCUCAUCGCAUUUGUCACAACACAUAUUUUGUAUCUGAACUUCUACAAACUUGAUUAUGGUCUAAACAUGAAAGUUUGUAUGGGCAUGGGUUUAGCUCAACUUCUCAUCUGGGCGAUUUGGGCAGGUGUCUCUAGCCAUCCAUCGCGCCGGAAACUUUGGGUAUUUGUUGUUGGAAGGAGUCUCGCAAUGGUCUUAACAAUAUAUGACUUCCCACCGCAUUGGAGAUUUGUGGAUGCACACGUUCUUUGGAAUGUUGCUAACAUCCCUCUUACUUACCUCUGCUGGAGCCUUGUUAGGGAUGAUGCCGAGUUUAGGACAACAACUGUCCUCAAGAAAAUGAAGUGACUGCAGAUCUUGUCAUGUAAGCAACAAACUGACAUGUGUAAUGACAGCCACCGCACUGUCAAGUCUUAUGCAAUUUUCAAGAAUGCUUAUCACCGUAGAGGUACCUUUGACGUUUCAUUUAAUGGUCAUUAUUUCUGCAUAAUCGCAAGCUAGGAUUUCUGCUGCAUUGGAAAUGAAAUUCAUCAGGCUCAUGUCUUCUUUGGUGAUGGUAGGUCUGUUCAGAAAAUCAAAUUUUAUUGUAAAUUUUGUAUAAUCUUCGAAGUGGCAUGGUAAGUAGCAUUUCUAAUCUAUUUUUCUCCAGUGAUAAAGGCAUGUGCGGCUG